AUGUAUUCUACUACAACACCUCUGGAUUUGGACUAUCUCAAUGAACAAUUGCUUCCCCGGCGCUACGAAUCGGAAGAAGAGGAGACGUCAGAAUCAGAAUAUGGGGCCCAUGACCAUGCCUUUUCGCCUAUCAAGACUGCCGGUCCCUUCGACUCGGAUAUUAGUGCAGAUGAGCUUUCCAAUGUGAAUUCCCCAGAGUCGCCAGUCGACAAGUCGUCAUUCGCCCGCCUUCUGUCAGCCUAUCCAUCCGGUAAACAAAGUCGACCCGUAUCCAUGGAUACGGUGAAACGAAGCAGUGGAACGACAUUUGUACCAGAUUCGUACAUUUUUGACGACGAUGACGACGUGAUCAUUGAGCUGCCCUCCCCUAGUGCUACCUCUCCUUUGCAAUCUCCCAUCUUCCUUCAACCAACAGUCUACCAACCUCCGGCGUCUCCCCUGUCGCAACAGUCACGAUCUCCGUCUCCGGCCCUCAGCGAGUCGGAUGAAGAGACAGACGUGCUCGUAGCAGAGCAGGUCAAAUUUGUGGAACCCUGCGCCAAACCUAAUCUAAUCCUAAUCAGUCCCGUCACCGACGGAUCAGUGGUCGAAGAACCUGAACCUAUGUCGGCAGUUUCUGCUGUUUCUGCAGACGUUCCCGAUCGUUUUCCACCGGGCCAAGGACUCUAUUCCUUGAACCAAGGAACCAAAUCACAGCCAUUGUUGAGCGACAAACGGCCCGACUACUUGGGCCACAUCAAGCGCGGCAGCUUGCAGCUGCACAGCAAAUAUGCGAAACAAGCCCCCAAACGGGCCGAUACGGACCCCUUCACAACGCCCAGAGCUCUCGCGGAUGUUCCUGAAACUGCCCAGCCGAUGACCAUGCGCUCGCGUGCUAUGACGUGGAAUCGACCGCAGACGUCCGCCGACAGUGCAUCGAACCGCGGUCCCAAAGCGGGUCUCCUCCGCCGUCCGCCAUCUAUGCAAAGUGUCGGUGGUGCUGGUGGUGGUUACUCUCUGUUCCCGAGCACCAGACGAACCCCUGCAUAUCCUAGCGAUGAGUACCACGCUCGGUCCACCUCUGUGUCCCACUCGAUCGCCAGCUCGGACAUGAGCCAGCCACCCUCGCGCACAUCCAGUCCAGCACCAUACUACUCCUCGCCUACAUUCAACCGACACCGCUCGGGUUCAUCAUACAGCGUGUCGAGCGUCCCCGGCAACAUCUCACAGCGGCCGCCAUUGCGUAACUCGAUCAUGAAGAGCUCAACCGCAUCGAGCGUAUACUCAGCCAGCAGCCUGCGAUCGGAAGUGGAGAGCGUGCACAGUCUGGAACCACGGGAGACCGCCGAGACAGAAGUUGCCAAGACGGCGCGGCGGAAGAAGAGUUUUCGGCGCAGCAAGCAACCCAAGCUCGAGAGCACGACAACCGAACCGCUCCCAACAACUCCCAAGAGUUUCAUGGGGUUCAUGCUGCGAGGGCGGAGAAAGUCCACCAUUCAAAAGUCCUAA